AUGCUUAGACUUCUCUCUCGUCGUCGUCCUCAAUCUGCUGCUGCAGUUACUGCCCAGCGUACUCUCAGAAUGCUUUCUUCUGAUGCUAAAGACCCAAUCUUAUCAAAAUCUGACCCAACAGCUCAACCAAACCCUUCAACCACUACCACUACCACCACCACCUCAUCAACCUCAUCCUCAACCUCAACUUCAUGUUCAACACACGACCCAACUCUUCAUGAAACUACCCAAUUCUAUGGCUCUCCUCUUAAACGAACUACAACUUGGCUUCAAGCAUUCCGUGCCCGUGAACAAAAACAUCAAGAAUGGCUUGAAAAAAAUAAAGAUGAUAUUCUUGCCGGCCGUCUUCAUCCUCACCAAUUCCCCCUCGAAUCUUACUCUUACCAACAUGUAGUCACAGAAAAAGUAACUAAAAAAUCACCCAAAGAUUCCUUCUCUUAUACUAUCUUACCCUUCAAAUCAGAUGAAUGGUUCCUAGAUGGUUAUAUCAACGCCUUUGGCCGUCUCCGUAUAGGCCAACUCUUCCAAGAUUUGGACUCUCUAGCUGGUAUCAUUGCAUACCGUCACUGCUCUCCUGCCCUCCCAGUCAUUGUCACCGCCUCUGUUGACCGUGUUUUUAUGAAAAAACGUUUGGAUAAAAUCGCAGACUACAAUGUCUCACUCUCUGGUAAUGUCACUUGGACUGGCCGCUCUUCUAUGGAAAUCACAAUCAAGGCUUGUACCCAUACUGACCCCAUGAACCGUGAUACUACAGUCCUCACCCCAGAUGAUGUCAACGAAUCAGAUGUCUUUCUCACCGCUAACUUCACCUUUGUGGCCCGUCACCCCACCACUAAACGAUCCUUCCCCAUCAACCAUGUCGUUCCAGAAACUCCAGACGAGCUCCGUGAAUUCGUACGUGCUGAAAAAUAUAAUACCGCUAAAAAGGAGGCCGCCCAAAAAACUUCCCUUAACCAUAGACCUCCCUCAGGUGAAGAAUCUCGUCUCAUCCAUUCAAAAUGGCUCACAACCCUCCCUGGAUACAUUGAAUCUCACAAAACUUCCCCUCAAAUCCUUUCAACAACAAUGGCUAAAACUCGUACUCACUCAACUACCAUGAUGCAGCCCCAAUACCGUAACCGUCAUUCAUAUAUGAUUUUUGGUGGUUACCUUUUGCGUGAAACUUUUGAGCUCGCUUACUCUUGUUCUGCUGCCUUUGCCCAUGCUUCUCCACGCUUUGUUUCCCUUGAUGAAACAACUUUCAGAAACCCAGUCCCCGUCGGUUCGGUUCUUUAUCUCACCGCAACCGUCGUUUAUACUGAAUUCAUCAACCGUAAACAAAACCCUGAAGCUGGUGAACCCUCUGCUCCAACCUCUGCUCCACUCCCUAACUCGGGCUCUGAAUUCGCUAAAACUGCAGUCCCAGGAACCCUCAUCCAAGUCCGCGUCGACUCCCUUGUCCGUGAUAUUAAUCACGGUACUACUACAAAUACUGGCUCCUUUGUCUUCUCCUUCUUCGCCGCCGCUCAAGCCCCUGGUGCCCCCGUCGAGGCUCCUGCAAAGUACUAUACCAUUGUCCCAGAAACUUAUGCUGAAAUGAUGGAGUACCUCGAAGGUCGUCGUCUUGCCAUUGAAACUGCAAACUUUAAUACUUAUGUCCGUAUGAUUCCCUCAGGCGAAGUUGUUUCAGAGUAA